CAGUUUAGCAACGGUCAUAUGCACUGCCAACGCGGAAUAAAACAAAAAGCAAAUUAGCUUUCCAUAAAAUAACACAAGAAUUCGUAUUAAAUUAGUUAAAAUUAAUCAAGUUGUUGAAGCAUGACGUGUGGAGCAUGUCGGGGCCACAAGGAGAAGAGCAUGAAGUGUCUUAUAGCCGCCUUGGACACGAUCAAAGAACACGCCCUAAUGAUGCAGCGGAACUCGGAGGAGAGUGCCAGGACCAUAGAACACCUAAAGACGCACAAUGAGAAGCUACACAAGGCCUUAGAUUUGCUAAAGGAGCGACAGGAAUCCAUGGUUCAGGCCGAGAAGCGCAGGAAACGGUCGCCCAAGAAAGUAAAGGAUGACAUAUCCCCGCAGCCGCAAAGCCAGAACUCAUUGAACAUGAACAUAGCCCUUGGCGACAUUGAUCUCUCCGACGAAGAUCAGGAAAUGGAGGAGGACGAGAGCAUUGCGGAGACGGAGGCCACUGCCCAGAGCCCGCGCAAGUUAAGAAUACCCGACCGGAAGCCUGACAUCCGGAACCGGGAGAAUGUGCAGCCAAACAAUGUUUCUGGCGCUGGCAUCAGUUGGAUCCGUAAGACACCCAAGCAGCCGGCGGUCUUCACCAAAUUGUCUCUCACGCACAAAGGUAGUAACUCGCACUUGAAACAAACUCGCCUGAAAUUCGAACCAAAUAAGACGAGCAAUAGCGAAAAGGACAUCAUAGAGGACAGCCCCAAUUUGAGCACCAGUCUCAAAAGAUCCCGCCCACAACGAUCUCUAAUACAAAGCCAAGCUUGCAGAACAGACACCGCGAGCGUUUCAAACGCAGACGACUGGCUUACCACCAGCAGCAAUAGCAGUAGCAAAAUUCGCAAGGAUAGUUUUGAGAUGGAUGACGAGUUCAACAUGGAGUGCUCAGAGCUUCCCUUAAUGCCGCCACCGAGCACACCUCCGGGUUUAGGAAUCAACAGCACCUCGGACAGUGUAGUUCUGUUGACGCCAGGCACCCAGGAUAUUAUCUUCGUUAAUGAUACCCCCGAAGAAGUGAGCAAAUUAGGCACCAUGGAUGUGCUGGCCGAAAUUAUGAAGGACGACGACGAGGCCUGCUCGAAUGCUUUGAGACAGUUCGAGAAGAAAAUGAUUGAUAACCAAAAGCAUAUCCAACCAAAUGCCGCAAAAGUAGAGACCACCAUUCCAAAUAUCAGGGCUGUGAAGAUGGAACCGGUCUCCCAACCGGAAACAUAUGUUGGCAAUGAAUCAACGAAACUCCCUGAGGAUAUUGAGCAGCAUCUAAUGGAUAAUGAAGAUGAGGAUAGCAAAGCCUCAGAGGAAGAUUUUCCGAGACCGAUUAUGGUCAAAAAGGAACCUGAAUUGACGGCCAAAGAACGUUUUAACAUUGAGUGUGAGGAGUGCGAAAAGUUCAUUAACUUUAUGGGCUCUAAUCUGACUGACGAGAAAAUAGAAGACUAUUUGUCCAAGUGCCGGCACGUGGACGCACGAAGCACGACUCCACCUGGAUUCUGGAAUCCCCUGAUGGUUUCCUUCGCUGAAGGCGAUCCACGCAAUGAGGUUUUGAUAGACACUCGGUUCAGGAACCAGAGACUAAACAAAUGACACUCAGGCGACCAUUUUUUUAUUAGUUAUUCUGUUUAGACCAUUUCAUUUAUUAUGUUUGUAUAUUGGCACAUAUUUGAUUUACAAGUUACCACGCUUGGCCUGCUCGAUUUCGAUAGCCGUGAACAAAGACUUGAAGUUGCCAGCGCCGAAUCCCUGAAAUAGUUAUGAUUAUUAAUGACCUUUUCUUAGCAAUAGUAGUUUAAGCAAUAAAUCUUACAUUGUGAUUAUAA